AGGUACUAUUGUAAUGUUGGAUAAGACUGUUGUUACCCUCUCAGCCCUAGGUGUGGCUUUAGUAACUACAGGUAUUGCCACAGUGGCAGUGUUGAAGUGGCACCAGACAUCAAGGAAACUCAGAAAAUAUGUAGAACAGUACACCAGGACAGAAGUUGUUCAACAGUAUUUGGUUCAUCACUAUGCCAAGUUGGAAGACCUUCCCCACUUGAAAAACCUCAUCCCAAGAACAGCAGAAAAUUAUCAUGAAGAACUUGCAAAAUUUGUGAUUAAUACCUGUGAUGAGCAUGGAGUAACCAAAGCCCGGAUAUUAGACGUAGGUUGUGGCCCUGGCGGCACUUCUUUCUACCUGUCGAGUAUUUUCCAGGAGGUAAUUGGAACAGAUGUAAGUAUGCCUAUGAUAAUGGCAGGGCAGCAGAUGAAACAGUUUGCAGAAUUUGGGUCUCCAUUUUCUAGUGAAGGAGGAAAGUUUAUCCAACUUUAUAGAUUGUGUUUGCCUGUCUCAGCUGAUAGGGAGAAAGUAGUGUUUUGGGAUGAAGAUGUAUGUGCACUUUUAUAUACAUGUGGGAAGUUUGAAUGUGUCUUAGUCUCAAAUACCCUCACAGACUUGCAUGAUCCCAAAGCAUUUUUAGAAACUAUUGGGCAGUAUGUGAAAGUGGGAGGAUUACUAAUAAUUUCAGAUGUAUACAAUUGGUCAAGUGGGCCAGAAGUCUGUCUAGGUGGGGAAGGUGUGGUUGAAACUUUUUCAUUGUUGAAAGAAAUACUUAACUCUUCCUGGGAUUUUCAAAAAGAUGCUAAUUUGUCUUAUUUUUUACCUAAAUGUGCACGACUGGCUGAAAUAGGAAAUGCUCAUGUAACCGUUUGGAAAAGAAAAGACGAACUAUUAGAAGAGGAGGUAUGAGGCCAUAUUCUGCAUAGAGGUGCAUGGCAAAAUCAUUUAUUACUAGCAGAAGUGUGUUACUAAAGCUCUUUAGUAGUUUCAUGCAGGUAAUUUGGAAAAGAUAGAUGCUUAUAUUAUUAUUAUUUGGGAGGAAUUGUUCUUUUUAAGGCAGCAUUUUUAAACAAAUUUCUGCUGCAACAGUAUGCAGCUUGUACACUCUUCUCUUUUUUUCUUAUCAGCAAGUAUCAUAUAUGAUAUAAAUAGUUCCCAAAAAACAUGGAAAGAUUUAAUUCUGUUGUUUAUCUAUUAAAUUUUAAUUUUUCUCUGUGCAAACAGCAGUCAUCUACAUAGAAAGUAAAUUAAAAAUGUAUAUACAGUAUAUAUAAGAUUAAGCAGAAGUCUUGGCAGGUCAAACUGCUAUUGGUCAGUUGCAGUGCGAGAUGUUUUUGUUUUUACACUUGCAUUCUAAGAUGUUGGGACAUCCCUGGUUCUGUUGACAAGGGUGGGGCAUUUCUGCUGUUGUGGCCUUCACUGGUGAGACUGGUGUUUUGGCUUGCUGGUGUUUGGCAUCUUCUGAUUUUCUGAAUUUUUUUCUCUUGUUUACUGUCCCUCUAGGAGUGGCCAUCUGGUCAGGUGGUGGUAUGGCAGUGUGUUGUCCGACUCUCAUUUUCCUGCUAAAUACUAAUCAAUAGUAAGAAUGUACGCCCAUACCACCAACUGAAUUAACAGCAAACAAUGGGAAAACGAACAUAGAAAAUCGGCCAACAUCUAACACACAAAAGAGGGAGUGAGAGAGAGUAAGAAAUGCAAGUAACCAACCAGUGCCAAUGAGAGGGAGAAAUAAGACAUAACCUCCACACUUGAACAUGCAAUUAUCAGCAGUAGAAACCCCUUAACCAACUCAAUUAGCACAGCCAAGGGAGUCCAAGCAUUUUGAGAGGCAAGCUUUACCAGAAAAACUUCUUACUGUAGUGGAUCAGCAAUGAUUCAACCUGCCCAGACUUGUAUUAACUUUAAACUAACUCCCUUGCUAUAAAUACCUGUACACCUUAAUAUUUUAUUCAUUAUCUGUAGAUGAGCCCCUAUAUACAUACACUGAAACAGGAAUAUGAGAGCACUAUAUCUGUCCAUGUCCUUUGGUUAUUUAUUAUAUCUGUAUCAUCUACCUGCUGAUGAAAAGGAUGACAUAAAAAAAAACUAAAGUUGAAUGCAGUUAUCAUUAUUGUUAAUGUUUAAACAUGAUAGAGAAGACUAAAGUUGAAUGUUAUUGAAGCAGCAAUUAUUGUUACGUAUUAAUGUUUAUAUUGUUCAUACGCGAACAAACCCUCGGUCUUAACAAUAGAAUAAUUUCUAGCGCCUAGCUGGAUCCAGUUAAAAAGCAGAUAAAAGCAAGGAAUCUUGUGAUAUCUGGCAACGCAUGCAUAGAUCGGGUGAAGAGUGGUCAAGGACCGCUCAUCUAUGCCAGUCUUUUCUUUAACCGCCUGGGUGAGAGUUGUGUUUACCUCUCUUGGCCUUUUCCUGGUUCAUUGCCCGUUUUGUUUCUCUUAGUGUGUGUGUGUGUGUGUUUUUUUUUUUUUACCUGGUAUUACGGCUGCUUCUGCUUCUUCUCUGCAUCGGUGUAUGUGCCCCGGAAUUCCUGGGUUUCUGUGUUCUCGUUUUUUGGCUUCGGCAGAGACAGACCCUCACAUCACAUGCAGUAGGUGUCGUUCGAAUUUUUGUACUAGUAUUACGAAUCCUUGUACGGAAUGCCGGUCAUGGCCUAAGGAGCAGUGUAGGAAGUUUUAUGGUAAGAGGGAACAUCAGAGUGUCUCCACUCUUCCUACUUGGGAGGUUUUUGCUCCUAUUCCCGAUGUUUCGUCUUCCACAGUAGUCAACCCCCAUAGUAGCGUUGUCCCUGCAUCUCCUUCCUUUUCUUCCAUUGAUUCGUCGAUAGAAGUAUCGGGAGGUCGCCAGGGUAAUUUUUGUAAUGUAGCCCCCUCUUCCUCGGGAGCUUUUUCGGUUCCCAAGAAGGGUGAGGUUUUUUCAUCAUUCUCUUCUCUUCCAGUGUCAGAGGCGUCCAAAAUGGCCGUGAUUUGGAAGACGCUUGGGCUAGGGGGUACCCUGUCCUUGGAGGGGUUGCUAGCGCAUUUUGUGGAGGCUUGCACCCCCCUUCCCGGUCUGGCCAGGCUAUCCCCCCCCUCCUCCUGGCCUCGUCUUCGCGGAUGGCAGCAGUCGGCCAUCUUGUAUUGCUCCGCCAGUGUCUGCCGCCGCUUUUAGUCAGUGACGUCACGGGGUCCAUCUUUGUGUAUUCCUCCGCCAGUGGCGUCUCUUUCCCCCUUGCACUGAGGGGAAGCCGUGAUGUCACCACCGCUUGUGACGUCACUCUCAUCAAUGACAUAUCUCCCAGUUGUCUCCUCAUCACUGCUGUCUUCGGAGCCUUCUCUGGCACAUCAGUCUGUGGUCAAAUGCCAGGCAGUGCUUCAGAGGCUGGACUCUGCAUUGGAUGUGAUGUUGGCUACCUUUUCGGUUGGGAGGACUGGUAGGAAACGCGUUGCUUCGUCCCCGCCUUUCGAGAAGAGUGGGCAUAAGGAACUAGUGCUGUCUUCCUCUCCCUCUUCCCCCUCUACGCCUCGUCGGCGUAUCAAGCAUUGGAAGGCUAAGGACUUUGCCCUUCCUUCGCUGUUGAGGGAGGAACAACGCGGACGUGUUCCUGAGAGUGCUGCGGUUUCGGGCAGUGUUAGUGGCGUGUGUUCUGCAGGGGUUGCUUCGCUCUCGGCCUCGUAUCUCGAACGUGCAACCUCCCCCCCUCCGUCCUUGCACAUCGCGAGCGUGUUGCAACCUCCCCUGCCUGUGCACGUGAUUUAGUGCUCCUUCUUCUCCAAGGCCUAUUCGUCGCCGUAAAGAUCUGAAGGCGCCUGUCAAGAGGUCGAAGGUAGUGAGCACAGAGUUGGUGCAGCUGGAGUGUUUGCCUGCCUCUCUCACUGGUGCUUCCAAGAAUUCAACUAUAUGGGAUUCUCCGUCAAUCUCGAGUGUUCGAGUUUCCUCCCCCAUCUCUCGUACGCCCGUGGCCAUUCAUGGACAUCUGGAGUCACCUGUUGAGGUAAGUGAUGUGCCUAGUGUUACAGUGGGUCCAUCUCGGAGGCCGAUGCUUGGACCUAGCCCAGACAGGUUAGUAGGGGUUUCGAACUGUUUGGCUGCUAACCCUUCCGUUAAUUUUGGUGAAGAAAGCGCAUUAGAAGAGCCUACACAUCCUUCUCGUCGUCGGUCUUCGGUGCCAGAGCAGGCGGAGGGAGACGCGCAGGAGUUUCUGUCUUCCUUUUUGGAAGGUGCUGAUCUCAUUCGUGGGUUCAACAAUUUGGAAAGUAGGACUCAGGCUCGGUCGUCUUACACUCCUUCUUGCUUGGAAGCCUUGGUGGGAGCUACUCAAGACCCCAAUCAUCUCUUCAGUUGCCUUUGUUGGGGCACGUUCAGUCGGUCUUGCAGAAGGUUAACGCCUCUGUUUCUGACCUGGAUGGUUCACUUCACUCUAGGGGCUCUACCAAACUACUACCCCCGCCUCUCACAAGGCAUAGGAAGUACUAUGCUACGAGCUCUGCAUUUUUGUUAUCACGCCACCUUAACCUAGGCGUCAUUUGCCUGAAGCCGGGUUUGACUUUGGAACAGGUGAGGUCAGUGGCUCCGUCCUUGUCUCCGCAAGAUGCCUUAGCUUUGGAAUCUACGGCAGCCUCCGUAUUGCAGACGGUUUCUUGGCUGGACCUCUGGUUUGUGGUGAUUGCCAAGAUAGCUUCUGAUAGGUCCCCUGAAGGGUUGGUGAGUGCCGCCUCGCUUGCCAGUCUAUUGCAGUCGCGGGGCAAGGCGUUUUCAUAUUUGGCUCACCUCAGUGCCAAUUUAUGGGCUAAUCUUCCUCUGAUUAGGAGGGACGCGGCUUUGUCUAGGAUGGAGAGAUCGCUCGACACCGAGUCUUUGCUGGUCUUGAGGAACGGUGAUCUGUUGGAGUCACAAUUUUUGUUUCCACAGACAGAACUUGAAAAUGCGAUAGACCGACUGGUGCACCAAGCCUUGUCUAAGUCAGAGUCUCGCACUUGGAAACUUCCGGCUCCUCCUCCCCCGGUCCAGCAGCAGUCGAGUAGAUCGUCGCCUGGUAGACCGUCGAGGACCUUGAGUUUGGCAGGGCCUUCCCAUUCGACACAGCUUAAGUCUCAAGAUCAACGCCCCUUUCGCUCAUGUUCCUUUAAACUAAGAAGGGGCCCCAGGGGCAGAGGUCAAGGGGGCCGUCGGUAGGUUAGGCACCUCUCCCUCUCCUGCGCCAUGGGUGGGGUGCCUGGCUGGCCAUUGGGCCAAGUGGCAGAGUUACGGGGUGGAGAAGUGGGUGGUAGAUGUCCUUCGGGUGGGAUACCUGUUGCCAUUCGACUUCUCUCCCCCUCUGUCGGACAAGCCACAGCUCAGGAAGACGUAUCCUCCAGAUUCUCUGAAGUUCUUGGCUCUUCGGGAGGUAGUGCAGAAAAUGCUGGACAAGGAUGCGAUAGAGGAAGUAGUGCGUCCAUCCCUGGGGUUUUACAGUCACAUCUUCUUGGUGCCCAAGAUGUUGCAUCGGGAAGAUGGAGGCCUGUGAUCGACUUAUCCACCUUGAAUCGCUUCAUCAGGAAGACACGGUUCAAGAUGGAGACCCUGCGCUUGGUGUUGUCAGCCGUGAGGGAAGGCGACUUCAUGCUGUCGAUAGACUUGAGGGACGCAUACUUCCAAAUCCCUGUCCAUCCCACGUCCAGGAAGUUCCUUCGCUUCUCUCUGGCGGACAAGAUCUUCGAGUUCAAAGUCUUGUGCUUCGGUCUGACGACAGCCCCUCAAGUGUUCACAAGGGUCUUCUCUCUCGUGUCAAGUUGGGCCCAUGCUCAGGGGAUCCGUUUGCUGAGGUACCUCGACGAUUGGUUAGUCUUGGCAGUUUCCAGGGAGAAGCUGCUGCAAGACAGGGAUCGUCUUCUUCGGUUCUGCCUGGACCUGGGCAUAUUAGUCAACCAGGAAGAGUCGAACCUCAUACCCACUCGAAGGAUUCUCUACGGGCAUGGUCAUCAAUAUGACAGUGGCAAGAAUUUUCCCGUCGGGUCAGAGAUUGGAGAAGUUGCGGGCUGUAGAGCGCAACUUUCUGUCAAAGUCACAUCAGUCAGCUCAUCAGUGGCAGGUUCUUCUUGGAGUGUUAUCUUCCUUGGAGAAGCUGGUCCCUCAUGAGCGUCUUCAUCUUCGGUCUCUGCAAUGGAGACUGGGAGAAUUCUGGUCUCCGGCGGGGGACUCUCCCUUGUUUAUGGUUCCUCUGUCUUUGGAAGUGAGAGAAGACCUUCGUUGGUGGUUGGACGACCAGAAUCAUUCGAAGGCUGUCCCUCUGCGUUCUCUUCAUUGGACUUCCUCCUAUUCUCGGACACCUCCCUUGCAGGUUGGGGUGCGCACUUAGGUGGCCUCAUCGCUUCAGGCGUUUGGGAUUUGGAGGACAAGCAGCAACAUAUCAACUUCUUGGAGUUGAAGGCAGCUUUCCUGGGUCUGAAGGAGUUUCGGGGGAAGGUAAAGGGUCACUCUGUUGUUCUCAUGUCGGACAACACCACGGUGGUAGCCUAUGUGAACAAACAGGGAGGCCUGGUUUCUCAGCAACUUCACGCCUUGACCGUCGAGCUUCACCAGUGGGCAAUCAGCAAUUCGGUAGAGCUCUCAGCCAGGUAUAUCCCAGGGGAACGGAACGUGGUCGCAGACAAACUCAGUCGCUGGGAUCAGAUCCUAGGCACUGUGGAAUAAUUUUACUAUGCAAUUGCUGUACGAUUAAUUUCCAUGUAUUUUAAUAAAAUCACUUAUUGUGAACGCAUCCGCAUGUGCCGCCCUGUAUCAUGAACCCUGCACAUGCGCAUGACUAUUCUUCUUGCUUCUCUUGGCGCGAGCUGCACGCCCUGCAGAGCCUCUGUAUAUAUUUACCUUUUGCUGAUUGGAAUAAACCAAUCUACGACUCGGGAUAUUAUUUCUCCCAUCCUGCAAUCUUUCGUCUUCUAAUGCAAGACAUAACCACCUAUCACCAUGGCGCAGUGACGACCUAUCACCAGGCACAGAGUGGUCCGUUCAUCAAGUGGUGGCAGACAAGCUUUCCCGGAUUUGGGGGAGACCCAUGCUGGACCUUUUCGCGACAUGCUACAACAGGAAGCUGGAGGUGUUCUGUUCAGUGGUUCCAGAUCCCUUAGCAUAGGCAUUGGCAGAAGACGCAUUCCAACAUCCCUGGGACAACCUGGAGGUGUGUGCCUUCCCUCCGUUUUCUUUGAUCCGUCAGGUUCUGAACAGGCUGUUGGGUUCACAGGGUCUCAGAAUGACUUUGGUACCCCCUCUGUGGCCUCAGGCGAAAUGGUUUCCAGAUCUGCUGUCGUUGUCAGAGAUUCCGAACCGUGAAGAGACAGGGAUUCCGAUUCAAAAUCCCUGUCUCUUCACGGUUGGAGGCUAUCAAGUAUCUCCUCCGAGCGAGAGGCUUUCCUCAGAGAACAGCUGGGCACAUGUCCAGCAGUCUUAGGAAGUCAACCUCCGCAGUUUACCAAGGCAAAUGGGCGCUCUACUGUGAUUGGUGUUGUGAACGGGGUUUUUCUCCACUCGUGACCUCUAUUCAGCGAAUAGCAGACUUUUUAACUUUCCACAGAGACGAGAAACGUUUGUCCGUUUCAGUUAUUAGAGGCUACAGGGCGGCACUGAGUUUGGUGUUAUGCCUUAAGGGUAUUGACAUCUCCUCUUCCUGGGAACUUUCCAUGCUAGUUAAGGGGUUUGAGCAGUCAGAGUUCUCCUAGAGAGCUCAAGCCCCCAACGUGGGAUGUUUCCUUGGUGCUUAAGAGCUUAACUAAGAGUCCAUAUGAGCCCUUGCGUCGCUCAUCUGACGGGAACCUGAUGCUCAAGACAGUUUUCCUUUUGGCUUUGGCAUCUUCCAAGAGGGUAGGAGAGCUCCACGGUCUGAGUUAUGAGGUGAAGCACACCAGGGGUUGGAAGUCAGUGUCCUUCGAAUUUGUCCCGGAAUUCGUGGCCAAGACCCAAAAUCCCCUGGUGCAUGAUGACAGGUUCGCUUCGUUUUCCAUUCCAUCACCGACUGACUUUGUGGGCGGUGAUGCUCAAGAGCUUUUGUUGGGCCCUGUCUGGGCCCUGCAUUGCUAUCUUAAAAGGACUCGGCACCUUAGACCAGGCUGCCGCAGACUUUUUGUUAGUACAGGCCGUACAAGAAAGAGGUGUCUAAGAAUACUAUCUCUGUUUGGAUACGGGAAGCCAUCAGACAGGCAUACUUGACUCUUGAUGAUUCCACCACCACAUCUGUGCAGGCUAGAGCACAUGACGUUAGAGGUAUUAGUCCCUCUCUGGAUUUCAAAAAGAACUUGGCUGUACAUAGUGCUGAGCACUGGUACUUGGUUAUGCCAGUCCAUGUUCACCUCCCUCUAUCUUAAGGAUGUUGCCCACAGAUCUAUGGACACGUUUUCCCUGGGUCCUGUGGUGGCUGCCCAACAGGAACUCAUAGUUGCCCUUAACGGGGCACCUUUGUAUCUUACCUAAGAUGAUUGUGUGGAUGAGAGAAUGAGUGAGUUGGCUGGCCUCCUUCUUUCUCUUGUACCUUUCCUUCUUCCUUCGGGGGGUUUAAGGAAUAGACACAUCAUUUCCUGGACUGGUCUGAUACAGGUGAGUGAGGUAGUCAUACUGUAGUGUGGCCGUGCAAUAUACAAUAUCUUACCCAUUAUUUGGUAGCAUAGGCUCCACUCCUUGGCAAGGAGGAGUCGGGAGUAAUACAAACCUUAGUGUCUUGGUUUGUUAUUGGACAGUCAAAGUUUCUCUUUGGCUCCCUAUACAAUGGUUAUCCCAUAUAUCAUUGUACGUCACUCAGAUUCUGAGUGGUUAGAUAUUAGUUUAUCUAGCUUCUCAAUGGGCUUCAGUCCCUCUCCAAGAACUAUUUUUUUUGAGAACUGGACUGGCGGGUAGGCCCCCAGCCGGUCUAGGAUGCCUUAUACCUCCCUCCAAGUAUGAGUUUAUCCUAUUGUUAAGACCGAGGGUUUGUUCGCGUAUGAACAAAUGACAAAUUUUCUAAGACAAUUUGUAUUUUUAUAGCUAAAAACUUGAGGUCUUAAUUUUAUACUGCCCACCUCUAGCCGCCCCUCUAUUUGUUAAGUCAUCCUGAGUUGGGAAAGACUGGCGUAGAUGAGCGAUCCUUGACCACUCUUCACCCGAUCUAUGCAUGUGUUGCCAGAUAUCACAAGAUUCCUUGCUUUCAUCUGCUUUUUAACCGGAUCUAGCUAGGCGCUAGAUAUUAUCCUAUUGUUAAGACCUCAGGUUUGUAGCUAUGAAAAAUACAUUUUGUCUUAGAAAAUUUGUCAUAUUAACUGAAGCAAUUAUAUUAUGGCAUGCAGAUUUAGACUUUCUCAGCAUGAUGUAUUAUGUCUUUCAGAUAAUACAAGAAGCCAAAUGUAUCAUGCAUUGCAGAUAAUGCAUAAAGUUAUAAUUAUAGUUUAUAAGUUUGUCUAUAUGAUAUCAAUUUUAUGAAUAAAUAGGUUGACUGACACCUGACAUUGUUGUUG